GCUGCAGCGGCAAAGAUGGGGAUUAAAAAAAGUGGACAGAGCGAGGUGCUGUUGCAGCUUGAGACCCGGACCAAAUUUUCCGAGCACAGAAAAGGAAAAGAGGCGGGAUCGAUGUUAGAUAACAUGAUCAUUUCCCUACUGCCAGAAAAGCACAUCGCUGCAGCAAACAGAAAGGGGUACUUGUACUGCCAUGGCUGCAGCUGUGUGGACGAAUCGAGGUCGUCGGCUCCAGGCUCUGCUACUGAGAGGAUCAAGAUCAAAUCACUCCGCUUUAAAAACAAACUAUGACGCGCUGAUCAUCGGAGGAGGGCAUAACGGCCUGGUGGCAGCUGCCUAUCUUCAGAAGGGAGGUGUGAAGACUGCAGUGCUGGAACGCAGACAUGUGCUUGGAGGAGCUGCUGUUUCAGAGGAGAUAUUUCCUGGUUUUCACUUCUCCAGGUGUUCUUAUUUGCUCAGUUUGUUACGACCUCACAUUUACAGGGAUCUCGAGCUUAAGAAACAUGGGCUGAAUGUAUUCAUGAGAGACCCCCAUUCUUACACCCCCAUGUUGGAGGAGGGUGUAAAGGGGGCCCCACCAAGGUCCCUUAUCCUGGGUUCAGAUCUGGCAAAAAACCAGGAUGAGAUUGGCAAGUUUUCACAAAAGGACGCUAAGAAUUAUCCAGAGUUUGCUGCAUACCUUGAAAAGUUAGCCAGCGCUAUCCACCCUCUACUAGACGCUCCACCUGUAGAUAUACGAGGAAUUACUGCUGGAUCACCAAGGAAGAGGCUGACCGCUGCCAAAACACUGCUGCCUUUUCUCAAAUGUGGUCUCAAACUUGGAGGAAAUAUUCCAGACCUUUAUCAGAUUAUAACAGCACCAAUAAUGAAGAUUCUCACUCAGUGGUUCGAUUCAGAGCCACUGAGAGCAACAUUGGCCACUGACGGUGUUAUAGGAGCCAUGACCAGUCCUAGUAACCCCGGUAGUGGGUACGUACUCUUGCACCACGUAAUGGGGGAACUGGAGAAAGAGAAAGGAGCAUGGGGUUAUGUGGAGGGAGGCAUGGGAGGUGUGUCCCGUGCUAUAGCAAAGGCUGCUCAGUCUUACGGAGUAGACAUUUUUACAGAAAAGGAUGUAGGACGGAUCCUCAUUGAUUCAGAGGGUGCAGCUAAAGGAGUAUCCCUAAAAGACGGCACAGAAAUUCACAGUAAAGUGGUUUUAUCAAAUGCCACCCCCUAUAUUACCUUUAAGAGCCUGACGCCGAAGGAGGCUCUUUCUGAAGAGUUCAUGAAAGCUGUAGAUCAGAUAGACUAUACGUCACCUGUUACGAAGAUUAAUGUGGCAGUAGACAAGCUUCCAAACUUCCUGGCAUCACCCACCCCACAUAAUAAACCUGGACCCCAUCAUCAGUGCUCAAUACAUCUAAACUGUGAACAUGUGGAUGUACUAGAGGCAGCGUAUAAGGAGGCCAUGAAUGGGCGCCCCUCAGCAAGACCUAUGUUGGAGAUGACCAUUCCAUCUGUUUUGGACCCCACUUUAGCUCCCCCUGGCUGCCAUGUAGUGUCACUGUUCACCCAGUUUACCCCCUACCACAUAGAAGGCAGGGAGUGGACCGAACAGGACCGAGAGGCAUUUGCAGACACUGUUUUUGACUGGGUGGAACAAUAUGCCCCAGGGUUUAAAAGUUCUGUCGUCGGCAGAGACAUCCUGUCACCCCCAGACCUGGAAAGGAUCUUUGGACUCACCGGAGGGAAUAUCUUCCAUGGAUCAAUGUCUUUGGACCAGCUCUACCUAGCACGACCUUUGCCCUCACUCUCUGACUACCGCUCACCAGUUAAAGGCCUCUAUCUGUGUGGCAGUGGCUGUCACCCAGGUGGCGGCGUGAUGGGCUCUUCUGGGUGGAACGCAGCACUAACUGUUCUAUCUGAUCUGAAACAUCACAGAAAUAUAUGACUGCAUUAUUGCUGGGUUCAUAAACCCUUCCAUUACUGUAUGCGUAUGUCAGCAAAACAGUUUUAUGAAACUGCAACACAAACGUCAGUCUUGCAUAAGUACUAAUACCCUUUGAACUUCAAGUUUGGUAAUACUUCACCGAGGAUUUUUUACUGUAUUUACUGGGAGGUUAUCUGAUACAACAACACAACAUAGAGUAUAACUGUGUGACCCCAGUAUUGUUAUGUAUUUCCUUCCAUUUAUCUUCCCAUCAACU